AUGAAUAAAGGAUAUAUUAAGAUUGCUUUGGCACUUUUAAGUGUCGCAGGAUUUAUGCAAAAUAUAGCAUUUGCAGACGAUUCUGGUUCAUCUCCACCCAAACAUAAAGAAAAUGUCCCAUUACCUCCAAGCCCUGAAGAAGCUAAGCAAGCAGCAGAUGUUAUGGCCGAAGCUUUAGCUAUUGCACAAAAGCAUGCCCAAAAAUCAGAAGAUUAUAAAUUAUAUUCUAAGGAAGAUGAUGGAGCAAUUUUAUAUUUUAAGAAAAUCAAUGAAACUGAAAUCGGAAAGCUUGAUCUUAUAAUCCCAAACGCCGAUAGUUAUGCUGAUAUAGUAAACAUGAUAUGGGAUCCCAAUGGCGCAAAAAAUUUCGAUAGUACAUUUAUUGAAGGAAACCUUCCUCAAGUAUACAAUGAAAAUUUAGUAAUUAUACAACAACGUUAUAAAAGUGCCAUUGGAUCAUGGCAAAGAUAUUAUCAUGCAUUGGCCAACAAAGUUGAAUUAUCAAAAGACGAAACCGCAAUACUCUUGGCCUCAUCAGAUAUGAAUGAUCAUGAUGGUCAUUGCACUAGAAAAUAUAUAAAUCCUAUCGUAGAAAGUGCUAAUUCAUUCAAGCCUGAUAUUAAUUCUCAAGAAGAUAUUAGAAAAGGAGAAUUAUCCAAAAUGUAUGUUAACUUAGUAGCAUUUUUCAUUAAAAAGGGAGAAGAUAACGUUAAAAUUACCUAUAUCAGCUCUAUUGAUCCAAAUGUCCCUUGGUAUGUCCCAGGAGCCGUUAUUAAAAAAGCUUUAGUCAAAAAAUUUAUAAAUAUGAUCCAAUUAAGAGAUAUUUUUAAAAAGAAAUAA